AUGGGGAGCCGCCCCACUCCUGGGCUCCAGAGAACCACAUCGGCUGGGUACCGACUUCCCCCAACCAGGCCGCCAGCCUCAGUCUCCCCGGCUGUCCAGGGUGGCCCUAUGGCGGGCAGGGCUGUUGCUGGCGACUGCCAGGCGCCAGGGACCCCGCGGGUGGCCCUUGGCGUGCAGCAGGACCAGCUGUGGCGCGAGCUCGUGGAGGCCGAGGGGCGCAGCCGGCGGCGCUGGACUGAGAACUGGGGUUUCCUGAAAGACUAUGACCCGAUGGGCAAUAAGAAGGAGCCUGAGAAGCUGCUGGAGUAUGUAUCUUUCUUCUCGAACACAGUCCCCAACUCCACCAACCAGGUUGUGGGCAGCAGGGUGGACACCCCACUGGGGAGAGGCCUCAUGCACAUGGACUUCUUCUUCUCUGAAGGGGCUCGGAAGAAGAAGCUGGAGGAGGAGCUGCAGUCUGUGUAGGGUGAGAGGGCCCUGCUCUCCACAGAUCUGCAUGUCGUCAUUGGCUGACCUUGGUAGCAAGUGCCAUGCUGGGUCCAGGUCUUGCCUACCUGUGUCUUAUCCUCGUGGACCUACAGCCUCCUGUGGCACAAUCUU